AUAGAUUUAUUGUGCAUACGUAUAUCAAAAUGUCAACAAAACUCUAAUACGUUUGCGUACAAGUGUACGCAUUAAGUAAACAAUAUGAAUACAUGAAACAACAAUUGACAUAACUUGAGUAAAAGCAAGAAAAAUUUUGUGUACCAUACAAAAAAAAAGGAAAAAGUGGCGACGUUUUUGCUGCUGCGUAUGGAAUGAAGAAGAAGAGCAAACAGCGCAUUGAAAAAUAUACGGAGAAGCGAAUACCGACUGGCGAGGCAAGCAAAUGCAUUAACUGAAAAACUAAACGCAAAAUAACUGUAAAGCAAUUUCGUGUCGUGACGUGCUGUUGCGUAAAUUGUUGUAGUUGUUAGUCAGAGCGUGAGAGGGAGAGAGCCGCGUGUGAGAGAGAAAGACAGCAUACGACGAUGGAGGAUCGCAUGAUGGCCCACACCGGGGGCAUGAUGGCACCGCAAGGCUACGGCCUGCCUGGCCAAGAUGAUGGCCAAAACGCGGGCAACGAGAAUGAGGUGCGCAAGCAGAAGGACAUCGGCGAAAUCCUACAACAGAUCAUGAGCAUCUCGGAGCAGUCGCUGGACGAGGCGCAGGCCAGGAAGCACACACUCAACUGUCAUCGCAUGAAGCCGGCUUUGUUCUCCGUUCUAUGCGAGAUCAAGGAGAAGACAGUCCUUUCCAUUCGUAACACGCAAGAGGAGGAGCCACCAGAUCCACAGUUGAUGCGCCUGGACAACAUGCUCAUCGCCGAGGGCGUGGCUGGUCCCGAGAAGGGUGGCGGUGGAGCUGCUGCCGCCUCAGCUGCGGCCGCCAGCCAAGGCGGCUCCCUGUCCAUCGAUGGAGCGGACAAUGCCAUCGAACAUUCGGACUAUCGAGCCAAGUUGGCACAAAUUCGUCAGAUCUAUCACCAGGAGCUGGAGAAGUACGAACAGGCAUGCAACGAGUUCACCACACACGUCAUGAAUCUGCUGCGCGAACAGAGCCGCACCAGGCCCAUCACACCCAAAGAAAUCGAGCGCAUGGUCCAGAUCAUCCACAAGAAGUUCAGCUCCAUCCAAAUGCAGCUGAAGCAAUCGACCUGCGAGGCGGUGAUGAUACUGCGAUCGCGUUUCCUCGACGCCCGCCGCAAGCGACGCAACUUCAGCAAACAGGCAUCGGAGAUACUGAACGAGUAUUUCUACAGUCACUUGAGCAAUCCGUAUCCAUCCGAAGAGGCCAAGGAGGAGUUGGCGCGCAAGUGUGGCAUAACAGUCUCACAAGUAUCGAAUUGGUUCGGCAACAAGCGCAUUCGCUAUAAGAAGAACAUUGGCAAGGCCCAAGAGGAGGCCAAUCUGUAUGCAGCCAAAAAGGCGGCAGGCGCCUCGCCCUAUUCAAUGGCUGGGCCACCGAGCGGCACAACAACGCCAAUGAUGUCGCCAGCACCGCCACAGGACUCGAUGGGCUAUCCGAUGGGCGGCUCCGGUGGCUACGAUCAGCAGCAGCCGUACGACAAUAGCAUGGGCGGCUACGAUCCCAAUCUGCAUCAGGAUCUAAGUCCUUGAGGAUAGGCGGGCCAAAGCUAAACAACAACAAGAACAGCAAGCAAAACAACUAACAUCAAACAAUUCAUUAAGCUCUUAAGUUUUUUUUUCUGUAAUGGCAAUGUGUGUGUGUGUAUGUAUGUGUAAUAGGUGUGUGCGUGCACACAUGUGUGUGUGUGUGUGUGUGUGUGUGUGUGUGUAUCAUACAAUCAAAUAAGUAUACGAUUAUGUCUUAAUUUAGAAAGAGAAGUGAAACAAAGUUUUGGGCAAUGCCUGAGAUUUUGUUAUCUAACAACAACAAUACGCACAGGCACUGCAUAUAAAUAUGAAUAACAAAAUAUAUAUAUAUAUAUAUAUGUGCAUGCACACACACUCACGUUGGAUCUAUAAUCGUAUAUACCUAUAUACAUGAAUUAAAUCUUUUGCGUUGCAAUAUCAAAUUAAUUAAUAAAACGUAAACUUUUUAAAUUUUCACUUUUUUUUUUUUAAUUUUGUAUGCGCUUAGCUUAAGUAAAUUAGAAUGAAGAAAAGAAGAGCAAACUUUAUAUUCAAAAUUGCAAACAAAAAUAUUAUAAUUUUUUUUUAGCUUUUUUUGUAAACCUCAAAUACGUAAAAAAGCGAAAACUUUCGACUAGGCAUUAGUUUACAAAAUAGUUUAUAUAUAUAUUUUUUGUCGUAGUUUUUAAGCUGCAAACAAAACAAUUUGUAUACUAAAAAAUACUAAAAAAGAACGCAUGUAUACUACAAAAUACGAACUAUAUAUAUACACAUCUAUAUAUAUAUAUAUCUAUAUAUAAAUAACACUAUACAGCAAGAAGAAGAACAAAUGUAUACUAGAACGAAACUCCCAUUUAUCAAGCCUAACAAAAAUACUAAGAAAAAUUACUUAAAGAAAAUACUAAAACAUAUAACUACAAUUUGUAUACCAGUUUACUGCUGUUAUCACACUCGUAUAACAGUCCAAAACACAAAUAACAAUUGUCAAAACACAAAGUAUUAC